CGGCAGCCCAGCUGUUUUGAAAAAUGCUUCCUGUUUCUUUAAAGGCGCUCGCAGCGGCUCGGGCGGCCGGGCCGGGGAGGCGGUGGCGGCGGGAGCUGCCUCCUCUCCGGGCGGCGGCGCUGACUGAUCUCGCCAACCGGGCUUCUGUGUAAACUGAGGCUAAACAAACACAGAUGGAGCGCAGCGGGCGUGCUGCAGAAAUGCUGGCGAGGCGGCCAGGACUUCAGAUGACACUCUGAGCGCUGGGGACACACAGCCCGUGGCUUCGCGCGGAGCCCAGGGCACAGCUGCCCGGGGCGAGGGGAGAGGUGGGGAGGGAAAGGGCGAGCCGGGGACGCCAUGAAGCCCCUUCCCGCCCUCGAGGACCGCUCGUGGAAGCCCAUGUGCGUGCAGGAGCUGCACGGCCUCAAGAAACUCAGGCGGAAAGGCAAGGAGCCGGCACGGCGCGCGAACGGCUAUAAAACUUUCCGAUUGGACUUGGAAGCUCCAGAGCCCGGCGCCACGGCCACCGUCACCGUCACCAACGGGCUGCGGGACAGGACCCAGCGGCUGCAGCCGGCCCUGGCCCCAGUGCCAGCCCCAGUGGCGCGGGGGGCUCCCUCAGCCGUGGGCGCAGACCCCGCAGGGGAACGCAGGGGCGCCCGGGCACCUGAGGUACAGGACGCCCGGCGACGCGGCUUCGCCCUGGGCGCAAUGGGACCCGCACUCCCCACGCCACCGCCGCCCCCACCAGCGCCCCCGGGCCUAGCUCCUGGGCGUCCGGAGACGCAGUCUUUUCGGGAGCCGGGCGUGCGUCCCCGCAUCUUGCUGUGCGCACCGCCCGCGCGCCCCACGCUCUCUGCGCCUCCCGCACCCCCUGCGUCAGCUGAGUCCCCUGUGCGCCCCUCGCCCCCCACGCGCCCGGGGGAAAGUUCCUACUCGUCAAUUUCACACGUAAUUUACGAUAACCACCCGGAUUCUUCAGCGUCGCCUAGGAGACGGCAAGGCGAAGCUACAGCGGCUUCGUCGGAGAUCAAAGCCCUGCAGCAGACCCGCAGGCUCCUGGCGAAUGCCCGCGAGCGGACGCGCGUGCACACCAUCAGCGCGGCUUUCGAGGCGCUCAGGAAGCAGGUGCCAUGCUACUCAUACGGGCAGAAGCUGUCCAAAUUGGCCAUCCUGAGGAUCGCCUGUAACUACAUCCUGUCCCUGGCGCGGCUGGCUGACCUUGACUACAGCGCCGACCACAGCAACCUCAGCUUCUCUGAAUGCGUGCAGCGCUGCACCCGCACCCUGCAGGCUGAGGGACGUGCCAAGAAGCGCAAGGAGUGAGAGGCCAUGGGCCAGACCAAGGACGCCACAGGAACCUCUAUCCAGCCAGGUCGGAGGACAAGGGGAGUGUGCCACGGCAGCCCUCCACUCUCCACCACCACCAGGUUGCCUGAGGUGGAAGUAGGCCGACCUCUGUCACCUCCUGUCCUCCGCCAGUUUUCGGCAUGGUUGUUUUGCACUUUGCCUGCUGCCCAGGUGGUGGAGAGCUCAGCCUUCCUCUUGCUCAGCCUCAGGGCCUGAGGCUGCAGAAAUUCAUUGCCAAAGAUUCGACAGAGACACUGAACAAGAUGGGGGAACGAAACCUGCCGGUGAAAAGCCACGCCGUGGCUCUGUGACUUGGUUCCUCCCAUUGCCUGAGUCCUAUCUCAAGCCAAAGAUGAACUAGCAAUGCCACCAGGAACUCUGGAAAGCAUGGGCAUUUGGUGACCAUGGGAAGCAUGUGACCCUCUGACUGUUGCUCCGUCUACACUGGCGCCUGAGUUGGCUGGGUGCAAGUUAAACCUUCUAGGAAUGCCUGGGAGGAUGGAGAGGAGGACCCGAGAUCCCCGUGCCCUUAUUUUUCUUAUACCACCUGCCCAGGCCUUGGACCCGGAUUGUCAUGUGCUCUGGGCCCCGGCCUCUGAGGGUCUCAGUGGCCCGAGAAAUGAGUAGGGUGGGGGUAGAAGCAAGAGCACCCCACCCCCACCCAGGAACUCCAGGUCUUUGCUCCUCUAGCCAGUGGUCUCUCUUCAGGCUGGGAAAGCAAGAUGGUACCCUGUGGGAAGGCAGUGUUCUGUUAUAGGUGGGCAGGAGGGUAGAGGGAGGAAAGGACCAGGGGAGUAGCCCUGGAUGUGGCGGGGGUGGGUAUGUUCAAAGCCAGGGCCUGCCCUUUCCUUGUGCUCAAAAGGCCAAAGCUGUUCACAUCUGUGCUCAACCAUCUGCUUCAAAUUGAAGUAAAAGCUCCAUCAUAUAAAGAAAUACUUGGUUUUCUUGAGUGGACAUAAUGGGUGACCAGGCCUUUGCUUGGCCUGUCCUUAGAAGGGGUGUUACAAGGGAGAGAGCUGGUCUCUAGAGGCUUCAAGCUACUUAGGCAGGCAGUGUAGGUGUGAGGGGCCAGAGGGUCCCCACCUUGGCCUCAGCCUGGGCCAGAGACCAGAAGGCCCUGUCCUGAACUCUGGAGGGACCUGGUUCAAUUCAUACCUCACAAGCUUAGGGAACAGGAGCACUGUUAGUCUCGUAACACAGAUGAGGCCCAAGUAGAAAGGGUCAGUCAGUGACAGAGCCAGUUCUUGACUCAAGAUGGGCUUCCUCCAGAUGUUCUGCUCCAGAACCUUCUCCAGCCCUAACACCAGUCCCAGUCCACAGUCCUGUGGUCCUGCCAGGUCACUUAAGUGAACCAAAGAUAGGGACAGUAAAAGGCCAUGAGAGACAGAGGAAAGAAAGGAAGAAACAGGAAAAGAAGGUGAGAAUGUUAGGGACAAGGCCACCCAGGGAAAGGGGACAGAGAUGGAGGAUGGCGAUUGCGGCCACACCGGGCAGUUUGUCCCUGCGUGUCAUCCAGUGCCACACCUUCUUUUCUGUGCCUGGAGGCCUGGGCCCAGCUGUGUCAUGGAGCUGGCUGCAAGGAGCCUCCUACUCACAUGCCAGGCUCCAGGUGUGGCCUUUGGCCAAAUACCCUGAGUGACACAGAAGCAGGGAUCUGAGCAAAGUUCUUGCAAAGAGGCUGGACAGAAUGAAUGGAAGGGGACUAUGAAGGAUGGUGAAGAAGGGCCAGCAGCCACGGCUGCAGGCACAGUUCCUGGUGGCAUUCAGUGGUGGCACUUCAAAACAGGGAAUGCAGCCCCAGCAGCAUCCAACUGUUGGCCAUGAGCUCUUUCUGUGAUGUGCCCAGGACCCCCUCCCCACCCCUCUUCCGCGCUCAUGGCCUUCUUCGCAUGCAUCCCUUCUGUCCUGAAACACUUGCCUCAGCUGUGCACAAACCUCAGGCGAGGGCCCGUGCGCAAAGGUAGCCCCUUCACGGGGCCUGAGACUGUGCAGCAAGUGGGACCAACAGAGAAGAAAGGAUUAGGAUAGACAACUGAGAUACUGUCGGUGCUUCAACCAAAAAGAACUAGCUCUCCCUGAGGGUAUCAGAAAGGGCUUAUGGGCCACGUAAAUUGGGUCUUGAAGGGCCAGGAAAAGUUUUCUGGGCAGAGGACUGCUCUCCUUUUUAGCUUCCUCCUCUGUACGGCAACUUAGGGUUUUGCACGUGUGUAUGUGUGUGUGUGUGUGUGUGUGUGUGUGUGUGUACAUAUGUACAUAUGCCCUCUCCUGUGUACCUGACAUACCCUGGACCUUCAUAGGGACAGGGGCAGAUCUUGUCCACUCUGCCAGCAGCCAAGUCAAAAGACCCUCACCAAAGUGAAUGACAGAGAGCCCCUGUGGGGCCUGGGAGGGCGCAUUCCAGUCUGGUCCGGGGUGUGAGAUCACAGAGACACCUGCAGAUAUGUUUGUGACACACCCACAUUUUCUAAGCCCAAUGGUCCCAUGUGGAUGUCACAUGGAGGCCUUCUGUGUACACAUCUGUGUGUGUGUACAUAACAGGCUCCCUGCUUCCCCUUGGGCAAAGCCAGGCAGGACGGCCAGGGUGUUGAAGGUGCUCUGCUCAUGGGCCUGAGGGGUCCCAGGCCACACUGGGAGCCAAGCUGAGACAGCUGCACAGGGCUGCACGGGAGCUGCAGGGUGGGCGGUGCCACCCUCCCUGCCUGAGGCCUUGUCCAGGGUC